AUGGCUCCUGGUUGGGGAUUCACCCGGAAAUUUCACUUACCUCUUGCCGUAGACAAGAGUGGCAAGCGCUUUGACAACGCUUUGAAGACCCUGGCAGGUGUAAGCGACAAAACUGCGCCACAAAAGGGCAAAGGCAGCGGCGGCAGCAGCAGCGGCAGCGGAGAAUGCAGUCCAUGGCAACAGAGCAUCAACAGCAUCCAAAGGCAAACAUGCGAGUGGAAAAUCAAUAAAGUCAACCCUUUGGCCAAACAAACUCAGACAGACGCCUUUCGAAAUGACACGGCUGGUAGAAAACAAAUUCAACUCACUUUAUACUCUCACACUCAUGAUUUUCAACCAAAAAACACACUAAAUCCAAACGGCAAGGACCGACCAAAAGGCCUCCACAUGCUGAGUCCAAGGAGUGAGGCAGCUGGAGAUGAAAGCUCCAUCGUAGUUGCACAGGUGGAAAACCAUUUCGGAGAAGAAUCUAAAGCUGCACCUAUUGGCUGGAACAUUAGAAAAGAAGAUAACCAGAAUCAGGAAACCGAUAACCCAGUUCCCGGCUAUCUGAGCGAAAUCCAUCUGAGUCAUAGGCAGAUCAGCAAAAGGUUCACCGAACUCCUCAACUUGUUCGAGGAUUACACCAAGCUCCUGGACAUUGAGCACGUGCAUCAUGUUGGCGUCCCAUUCCGGCUGAAGCGAGUCCUAUCCGAGCAAUUAGCUUUGAAGGAAGAGGAUGAAAACAUGGAGCAGAGGGCAUCGAGUCUCACCCAACUGUCGGAUGCAACGUUGAAACCCUCGUGCGAGGUGAGCAGUCAGACUUCUUGGAGUGCCGUGGAUCAGAAACGGGUCGAGGGUACGGACUUGGAGGCCAAAUUGGCGGCCGUGGGCGGAAGAGCUGCUCCGGAAGGCGAGAAGCCGAGCAAGGUGCUGCAGCACACGAUCCACAUCGAGGUGGAGUCGGUCACCUCAGCCACGGAUAUGCAGAGGGCGCCGCUGCGCCAGAGGAUGUGGCACGUUCUUGUGCAGACGGGCGAUACGAUAGUCGCCGGCGCCUACUUGAUAGGCGAGAAUAUAACCUUUGCCCUUUUCAUUGUCCUGUGCCUGUGGUGCCUGUACCUCUUGUUGAGCCACUUUUACGGCUUCCUGCACACCAAUGUCAACCAGCAGAUCGACUUGAAGCGCAGCCUGGUGCGCGGGCCCGAUCCCAAACUUUUGUUAUAGAAGAUUUAGUUUCGCUCUUGAUUAGUCAAAUAAAACCAGAGGCCAUUUGGCGUGAAAGAG